GGUUCAAGUAACCAGAGCCGGGGGGUGGGGGGGGCUCCUGUCUGAGGACUCCAGCUUCUUUUCCUCAGGUGCCCAUUGGAUGGGGAGAUGGCUGAUACGCAGAACAUUUCGCUAGACAGCCCGGGGAGCGUGGGGGCUGUGGCAGUGCCUGUGGUGUUUGCCCUCAUCUUCCUGCUGGGCACCGUGGGCAACGGGCUGGUGCUGGCCGUGCUGUUGCAGCCCAGCGCCGGUGCCUGGCAGGAGCCGGGCAGCACUACGGAUCUAUUCAUCCUCAACCUAGCGGUGGCCGACCUCUGCUUCAUCCUGUGCUGCGUGCCCUUCCAGGCCGCCAUCUACACACUGGACGCCUGGCUCUUUGGGGCCCUCGUUUGCAAGGCUGUGCACCUGCUCAUCUACCUCACCAUGUACGCCAGCAGCUUCACGCUGGCCGCCGUCUCGGUGGACAGGUACCUGGCCGUGCGGCACCCGCUGCGCUCGCGGGCCCUGCGCACGCCGCGCAACGCCCGCGCCGCCGUGGGCCUCGUCUGGCUGCUGGCGGCGCUCUUCUCGGCGCCCUACCUCAGCUACUACGGCACGGUGCGCUACGGCGCGCUCGAGCUCUGCGUGCCCGCCUGGGAGGACGCGCGCCGCCGCGCCCUCGACGUGGCCACCUUCGCCGCCGGCUACCUGCUGCCCGUGGCCGUGGUGAGCCUGGCCUACGCGCGCACGCUGCGCUUCCUGUGGGCCGCCGUGGGCCCCGCGGGCGCGGUGGCGGCCGAGGCCCGGCGCAGAGCCACGGGCCGCGCGGGCCGCGCCAUGCUGGCGGUGGCCGCGCUCUACGCCCUCUGCUGGGGCCCGCACCACGCGCUCAUCCUCUGCUUCUGGUUCGGCCCCUUCGCCUUCAGCCCGGCCACCUACGCCUGCCGCCUGGCCUCGCACUGCCUCGCCUACGCCAACUCCUGCCUCAACCCGCUCGUCUACGCGCUCGCCUCGCGCCACUUCCGCGCGCGCUUCCGCCGCCUGUGGCCCUGCGGCCGCCGCCGCCGCCGCCGCCACCACCGCCGCGCCCGCUGCCCCCCGGGCGCCCGCCGCCGCCGCGUCCGCCCCGCCGCCGCGGGCCCUGCCGGCUGCCCCGGGGACGCCGGGCCUCGCGGGAGGCUGGCGGCGGGCGGCGGCCGGGGCGGGGAUCCGCGGGAAGAGCCCGCCCGCGCGGGAGAGGCUGGACGGGCCGCGUCUGCCCCAGGACCGGAAUGAACCUCGUCCGCCUCCACUCUGCGGGGCGACCGUCUGUCUGUCGUUCCGCUUCCCCCAGGCCACGGCGCUACCAGGGGACGGCGCCAGGCAGGGGUCCUCCGAGGCGCACUGGCUGAGCUGGGGCUCCAGCCCGGUGGACGCCCCUGGGCGGCGAAAUUGGGUCCACCCAGCUAAGCGCAGCCCGCCCCCCCCUCCCCCGGUCAGGCAGCCCCCAGGCUCCGGCCAUAGCCAGUCUGGCACGAAGGCAGUUCCUCCGCCCACCCCCUCCAACUCGGUCAGCACCUUCUAGGCCCUGCUUUCUCCACCACACUUCAUCAAGCCCCUUCUCCCUUCCAAGCCGUGCCCUGGGUAAUGUAACACUAGCAGCUAAUUUAGCAAUUAUGGAGCAUUUACUGUGUAUCUUAUGCGGUGCUACACUCUUCAAUCUAAGUAUCAAAGCAGCUUUGCAAGAUAGAUAUGAUUAGUUCCAUUUCUACAGAUGUAGAAAUCAAGAAUCAAAAAGGUUUAGUGAUUUGGGGCACCUGAGUGGCUUAGUCAAUGGAGCGUGUGACUCUCGAUCUCGGGCUUGUGGGUUCAAGCCCGCUGGGUGUAGAGAUUAUUUAAAAAUAAAAUCUUAAAAAAAAAAAAAUUUAGUGAUUUGCCCAAGGUCACAUAGCUAGUGUCUGGCAGAAGUUGGAUUCAAACCCACGGCUGUUUAACUUUUUCUGCUCACUGGAACCACCUUCUCCACCUUUGGGGCCUCUGUCCUCAGUUUCCAUGGUUUCCAAGGUUUUCCUUGGUUCUUCCUGAGUCUGCGUCAGCCUUCUUCCCUAAACCAGCAGCUCCCCACACUUG